AUGGGAUACUUGAAGCUCAAAAGCGUUGAAGUUGAUAACACCGUAAGGAGAUUGAUGGACCCUCUCAAAUUCAACUUUCGGUUUGCAUGUUCUAAUGAAAUAAAGCGUGGAGUCGAGUUUGUCGUUUUGUACAACAUGGAUGUACACUCAGACGAAAAUGACCAGGUACUCGCAGAAAUCGAAGUUGCACCUAUACCUAAGGGGAAGAUCGAGUUUAGCAUUGAUGCAAAUGCCCCUGAUGUAGAUAGAAUACCGCUUGACGAACUGUUUGGAUUGACGUCUAUUCUCAUAAUUGGGAAGUACCAAGGACGGCAGUUUAUUAGAAUCGGCUAUAUUGUCGAUGUAAGCUACCCGGGAAUUCCUAGCAGUAAGCUUGUGAAGAAUGACGUUGAGGAGCCAUCAGAAGAGAUUGGAGAUAAGGAGGAAGAAGAAGAAGGAGAAGAAAGUUCUGAAGGAGAAACAGAGACCGAUGACUCAAGUUAUUUGGACAAGGAUGAAGAGAAAGAAGAAGAGACAGAGCCGAGAACAUUUAUGGAAGCUGUAGAAGAAGUAGUUAAAGAAGGAAAGGAAAGGGUGUUUGAAUCCGAAGGAAAAGAAGAAGAGAAAAAUGAAAAAGUAGAGUCGGAUUCCUACUCGGAGAUUAACAGAGAACUUAAUAAAGGUGUAGCGGAAGAAACAGAAAAAGAUGAUGAAGAUAAAGAUAUAAUCGAAUACUGUGGCUACAAGAUCGAUAAGAAGCAAAUCGAGGUGAAGCUUAUGGAUCCUCCCGUAAUCAAUCUAUUUGAGAUAGAAUGGGAGGAAGAAACUUUUGAUAAGGAGAAGUCUAAGGAUAGCGAUGAAGCUCCUGUGAAGAAGCAAAAAGUUGAAUAA